AUGGCAGAAAUUGCAGUAAACUACCUACUUGACAAGCUCAAGGACUUUCUAGAGAAUGGGGUUCUAUUGAGAGGUGCCGAGGAAGAAAUUACUUUAGUGAAGAGACAAUUGGAGUACAUAAGGGCAUUCCUGAGGGUUGCAGAUUCCCUGGAAGAGAGUGAUGAGGAAGUCAAAGUUUGGGUGAAGCAGCUGAGAGAAAUCGCAUAUGACACCGAGGACGCUCUUGAUGAAUUCAAAUUUCUCCUGGCGCAUGAUCAUGAAAUUGGUUCACGUGGUCUUCUCUCCAAGAUGUCCUGCUGUAUCAAGAACAUGAAAGGUCGAUACCGAAUUGCUUCGGAGAUGAAAUCCAUCAACUCCAGGAUCAAAAGCAUAUAUGAUGGACCCUGGAGGAUCCGAGACAAAUUAAAUAAAGCCGAACAUUGCUAUGGCUCUAGUAAGCCAAACGACACAUGGCAGGACCAGCGAGGGAAUGCCCUUCUUUUAGACAAAGCUGAGCUCGUGGGCAUCAAUGAACCGACAAAAAGGCUGGUUGGCUGGCUGAUUGAGGGCGCUUGCACGCGAGAAGUAAUCUCAGUCGUGGGGAUGGGAGGACUGGGGAAAACUACCUUGGUGAAGCAAGUUUACGAAGAUCCAGAAGUGAAAAAACAUUUCAUGGUACAUGCUUGGAUAAGUCUUUCUCCAUCUCCAAAUAUAGAAGAGAUCCUCCAAGGCAUGGUUCAACAAAUUCUGCGGGAGACCGAAGAACCAGUUCCUCCUCUAGAGGAAAAGGACGGGUUAUGCCAGAAGAUGAUUAUCAAGGACUUGCUACAAAAUGCGAGGUACCUGAUCAUUGUAGAUGAUGCAUGGCACAUAAAUGAUUGGGAUGCGAUCAAACAUGCGUUGCCUAACAACACCUGUGGCAGCCGAAUAAUCAUCACAUCCAGGAAUUCUGAUUUGGCGUACACCUCAUGCGGAGAAUUCAGAGGGAUGGUUUACAAGAUGGAGCCACUACCACCUGAACAGUCCUGGAAGCUUUUCUGCGCAAAGACAUUUCAGGGGAACUCGUGCCCUCCUCAUCUAGAGGAGACUUGCAGGCUUAUCCUAAGAAAGUGUGAGGGAUUGCCACUUGCUAUUGUGGCCAUCAGUGCCUUGAAGAGAGUCCUUUCACUUAGUUUUGAUGACCUACCAUACUACUUGAAGUCCUGUUUCUUGCUCUUGAGUGUAUUUCCCAAGGGUUACCUCAUUAAGCAUGCGAGAUUAAUUCACUUAUGGAUUGCAGAAGGAUUUGUAGACAAGAAAGAAGGCAUGACGGUAGAAGAAGUAGCCCAGGACUACUUCAAUGAGCUCCUGAACAGAAGCCUGAUAGAGAUGGCUGUUGAAACAAGCGAUAGAAAGAUCAAGUAUUGCCGUAUCCAUGAUUUUCUGCUGGAUAUCAUUGCUUCAAAGUCAAGCAACCAAGGCUUUGCAGAAAUAGCCGUAGGAAAACAUCAUAAAUGUCCGGACAAAGUUCGUCGCCUAUCUAUACAGAACAGCUUGCAAGCGAUCCAACAAAAAAGGUCAUUGUCUCAACUACGUUCUUUAUACAUGCUUGGGGUAGAAAGAUCUUGCAUGGAUGCUGUUCUAGGUAGUGACAUGAGACUGCUCACUGUUCUGGACUUGCAAACUCCUUCUUUAAAAAGGUUCCCAGCUCAAGUUGCUGAGUGGUGCUACCUGAGAUAUCUAAGUUUCAGGUACAGCAAGGUGAGAACUGUUCCAAAUUCCAUAGGGAACCUUCAAAACCUAGAGACCCUAGACCUUAAAUACACAUACGUCACAGAAUUUCCAGUUAUGAUCUUGAAGCUCCAACGACUUCGCCAUCUAUUCAUAUGUCGUCAUGGAGAGACGCCCUACCCAAUCUUUAAACACGGUUUCAAGCCCCCAGAAGGAAUAGGGGCUCUACGGUCCCUGCAAAAGCUCCUCUGUGUGGAAGCAGGUGACGAGGGAAACAGCAGCUUAAUGAGAGAGCUUGGAAAGUUGAAACAAUUGAAUAAGUUAGGCAUCGUGAAGUUAAGAAAAGAAGACGGAAGGGAAUUGUGCUUGUUGAUUGAGAAAUUAACAAAGCUUCAAGUAAUAGCUGUAAGCCUAAUGGUAUUGAAGCUGAAAUAUAGUCGGCUAAAGGAUGAUCCAUUGCCGUCUCUUGGGAAUUUGCCUAAUCUUGUGCAUCUCAAGUUGCUUCAGGUUUAUGAAGGAACUAAGUUGCGUUUCAAAGCCAACAACUUCUUGAGGCUACGGAUUCUAGUCCUUGGUCCUUUUUGA